GGAGUUUUGGUAGGCCUGACUUCACUAGGGCUUUUUAUGUAACCUGUUGUAAAACUUGCCAAAUAUGUAGAUGAGACCUGCAUACCCCCCCCAAACAUAUACCCCUGGCCUAAGACACUGCAAUAAUGACAAUAACAUUACAGCUGCAUGGGGUGAAGGGCAUUACUGGUUGACCCUGACAGCUCUAGAGGGGCUCGUGCUUGGGAGCAGGAAGCAAAUCACAAGACAUCUCAGCGCCCUGCAGGGAAAACUCGGUGGGACGCUCCUCUCUCUGAUACCACUUUUGGGCUCCUCCUGUAGCUUCUGCUGUGGAGACGGCAGCGCCACCCCCUGGCUUGGAAGCCGCGGAUGGGCGGGCAGCGCCUCCCGCCGAGGUGGGCGUGUUCGGCCAAACACACUACGCAUGGAAACUUCUCCGAGCCUGUCCGCGGCGCUGGGUCCGCUCUGCCCCUUCGCCCCCUGGCUCUGGCAGGGCUGGGGACGUGGCUGGCAGCCCGCGGCUUAAUUUCUCCCGAGGGUCCGUCCCUGCCGCCAGGAGCCCAUGGGGGGACAGGGGCGCGCCCCCCGCCAUGACUCCGCUGCAAGGCAAAGGCGAUAAAACGACCCCACCGCCUUAGCCAGAGCAAGCCCCGGCCGGGAGAGGGCCAGCAGCAGCCGCGGAGUCUCCCGGGGUGGGGGGCGAGGGCGACAUGCCAUGGAAGGCCGGGACUCCGGACUGCUGGGCUUGGAGCAAAUGCUAGCGCCUUUCGGGGGCCACCAGCAAGAGAGGACGGCUCGGCUGCUCCCGCGGGACCCCUGGCGAGGCAGCUCCGCAGAGCAAGAGCAAGAGGGGGCGGCGGCUGCGCUGCCUCUGCAGGAGCCCUGGGGGGAGCCGCAGCGGGCCGGAGCCUCUCCCCCGCCGGACGAUGGGGAGCUGCUGCUGGGGCUGCGCCGCCGCGGCGGGCGGUCCCUGUCGCUGCCCGCUAGCCCCAGCCUGGCGGCCGGCGGGCUCUUCCCGCCGCCGGAGGAGGGCAGCCGGGGCUGCUGCACCAAGUGCAAGAAGCGGGUGCAGUUCGCGGACGCGUUGGGGCUGAACCUGGCCAGCGUGAAGCACUUCAGCGCGGCGGAAGACCCGCAGGUGCCGCCCGCCGUGCUCUCCCGCCUGCGGCGCCUGCCCCGGGAGGAGUUCAGCGCCGCGCUCGGCCUGGGCUGCAGGGCCCUCCCGCCGCCUCCCCCCCUGCAACUAGUGCCCGACUUCCAGCCCGCCGGGGAGGUGGCAGCGGCCGAGCGCCUGCGGCGGGAGCGGGUGUGUCUGGAGAGCCUGGGCCGCCCCGCGGCGGCCCUGGAUGUGCGGGGCACCGUGCGGGUGCUGAGCUGCCCGGGCCCCAAGGAGGUGACGGUGCGCUACACCUUCAACGAGUGGCGCUCCUUCCUGGACGCAACGGCCCAGCCCCUGCCCGGCCCCGAGGGGCGCGACCCCCCUACCGAGCGCUUCCACUUCAGCCUGUGCACCCCGCCCGGCCUGCUGGAGGGCUCCGCCGUGCACUUCGCCGUCUGCUACCGCAGCCAGCAGGGCGAGUACUGGGACAACAACGGGGGCAGCAACUACACCCUGCGCUGCUGCCGCCCCGCCCCCUGGGGGCUCCCCGCAGCGCCCAGCACAGACACCGGCCAGGGCGACCCCACUGGGCCCCUCUACUGAGCGCCGCCUGGGACAGCCGUGAACCACACCAGCAUUCCCCAGCCUGGGGCAGCUCCUGCCUUCAGCUUAGCCCGGCAGCAAACCAGCAUUCCCCAGCUUGGGAGCAAAAGCAGCGCCUUACUCUGAGCCUAGCUUGGGGGCAAACAAAUUGCAGGGAGCCUGGGGCCAGCCACCCAUUGUGCCGAGCCUGCGGUGGGUGGGGUGUGGCAACAAGCAGCCGGCUAUGAAUGUCCUGCCCUUGAACACAGAAAGGGAACAUUCUGUGCCAAGCCAAGCCUUAGCUGUCAGAGACCACUGCAGAGUGUCCCAUCCCUUGUACUUGCACCCUAGAACAACUCAAUACCACUUUCCUGCUGCAUUGUCACUGGUUUCUGAGCCUUCCAUUAGAAUGUGGCUUGUUUUGUUUAAUUAAAGAGCUGACUGGGGCAGGGGCCUCCUACCAUUAACCUUAAAGUUGUAGAAAAAGUGAGGUCUGACCUGUUGGUUUCGGUAUUGUUAAUUCACCAUUUUUGUAAAGGAAAUGAACUCUCAGGAGCUGCAAGAAAUCAGCACAGUUUCCUCCCACAGACUAUUCUCUUUAAAGUUGGUUAAAGAGAACUGGAAACAAUCUUUUUGUGAUUUAUUUUUUUAAAAAUAUUUGUGUCUAACUUGAAGAUGGUGCCUUAUAUGAAGUUUCCUAUUUAAUACACUGAAUUUAAAGAGAGAACUUUAAAUCCAGUGUUGUGACUGUGCUAUGUUUAUGCAUUAGGCAUUUCUCUUUAGAAUGACAGAUAAUGCAUGCACUUUCCCUUUUAUGGGUAUGUAGGCAUUUCCUAGGAACAGGGACAGAUGUAGGCAAAAACGGAGUUGUUAUUAUGACUUGCAGAAAUCCAACUCUUUUUUGAGAGGGAGAACUGGGUGAGGGUCAGUCCCCAACCCCCCUAAUUCUUAAGUCUUGAUUCUGCAAACACACGGGUUCAAAAAAGAAUUGGAUAAGUUCAUGGAAAAUAGGUCCAUCAAUAGCUAUUAGCCAGGAUGGGAUGCCAUCCCAUGCUUUGGAUGUCCCUAGCCUCUGAUUGCCAGAAGCUGGGAGUGGAUGACGGGAUGGAUCACUUGAUGAUUGCCUGUUCAGGUCAUCCCCUCCGAUGCACCUGGCAUUGGCUGCUGUCGAAAGACAGGAGGAUACUGGGUUAGAUGGACUAUUGGUCUGAACCAGUAUGGCUGUUCUUAUGCUUAACUUUAUUCAUGGGAGUAGUCAAUGAGGCUACUCAAGCACUUAAAGUCAAGCGCCUAUGUUGUUGCCUGACCAUGGAGGAACUUAAAGGCUUAAGUUCAGUCAGUAGUCUUCACAUAUUCAAAUGAGGGGCCUAAUUCUUUCACCCCUUUCCAAAAACAACAUAAUAUGACAGCAGUCUUCCACCCUAUUUUUAAUUUAAUGGAGUCCAUAAUAUAACUUUCAUGUGUGAACACUUUCUGGUUUAUUUGUGUCCCAUCUUUGCUGUAGGUUUGGAGGCCCCGAAUGACAGAAAAUAUCCUUCUUUCCUUGUAAGUUAGUGCACUUUAACAUUGUUCAAUGGCUAAUGCAGUUCCCACGUACCACAGCCUUGUUUUAUAAAGUUCAUGUGUAGCUCUGGCUAAUCUUUGUUAAAUAGAGUCUUGCCUAACACACUCACACAGGAGUUGCUUUUUCUUUCUAAUGAAAGAUCUAGAGAUUUAAAAUAGUGAUGGUUUUUCUAACGGUAUGUCUAUGCUACAGGUACUAGAGCAGCACAGUUGCAGCGCUGCAGUUACACCUCUGUAGCACUACAGUGUAGGCCAGGGGUGGCCAACCUGUGGCUCCGGAACAACAUGCAGCUCUUCAGAGGUUAAUAUGCAGCUCCUUGUAUAGGCACCGACUCUGGGGCUGGAGCGACAGGCGCCAACUUUCCAAUGUGCCAGGGGGCUGCACACUGCUCAACCCCUGGCUCUGCCACAUACCCUGCCCCCACUCCAGCCCUUCCCGCCCCCUCCCCUGAGCCUGCCAUACUGUCACUCCUCCCUCUCUCAUAUCCCUCCUGCAUGCCACGAAACAGCUGAACGGGAGGUGCAUGGAGGGAGGGGGAGGCACUGAUCGGCAGGGAUGCCAGUGGGUGGGAGGCGUUGGGAGCGGGGUUGGGGAGCUGAUGGGGGGGCUGCUGUUGUAUUACUGUGGCUCUUUGGCAAUGGACAUUGGUAAAGUCUGGCUCCUUCUCAGGCUCAGGUUGGCCACCCCGGUGUAGGCACUACAGUGAAGAAAGGAGUUUCUGUUGCUGUAGUAAAUCCACCACCCUCAAGAGGCACUAGAUAGGCUGACGGAACAAUUCUACUGUCAAUCUUGCUGUGCCUACAGAGGCGGUUAGGUUGACCUAACUACAUCACACAGGUGUGAAAUUUUCAAUAGUAUGAUGCCCAGUUGUUACAUGGAUUUUUGUACAAUUUGGCAUGGGUAAAUAUUUUUGUUACGGAUGACUACCCGAGGAAUAGUUUUAUGAAGUAGAGUCAGGUCUUCAUUUAUUUUCACUCAUUAGUGAGGCUCAUGGAAAAUUGUUUCCUUCAGCCCUCUUCAUGCUAUAUUCAUGUAGGUAUUUAUAGUACCUUAUUCUGUGUAGUAUUGUUCUAAGUGUCAUUUGUCAGUACACAUUUGUAAGAGACCCCAUUCGCUAACAUCUAAGUUAGUGGUGUAACAAGCCGGUCUUUGGAGCUGUGCUCUGGCUGCAGGCAAAAACCUGCAGCACCAUUGCUCCGGAGCUGCUCCACGCUCCAGCUCCGGGCUCCGCUCCAAAGCCCUGGUAACAAGAUAAGUAGCAUGGAAAAGUAUAACUUUUUACAUUUAGAUGACUGAUAUAUGUUGUUUAAGUGCAUGGAGCUGUAAUGUAUAGAACUGGAUGCUCCAAGGCUUGUCUACAUUAUGGAAAGGUAACUUGGAAUACUCAAUUACAACGUGAUAGUGCCCCCUAAAGGUUAAAACAGUUAUAUUUUGCAGUGUAGACAGGGUCAGACUCUGUUAGUGAAUCACACUAUAACCUUGGACUUUGCAGGUCUGUGAGCAGCAUUCAUGGUUAAUUGCUAAAACAUGGUUUAAUCCUGUCUGAGCCACAGGAAUAAAUCGUGGUUCACCUAUGUUAGGGCACUACAAUAUUGUAAGUACAUACAAUGACACAUUAGACUUUCAGUGUGUAUGAGGCCUUUUUAGCAUAACGAAAACACCAAUUUUCAAUGGAAUUAAUUGGGAAUGUUUAAUUACUCAACUCGACCUAUAUUCUUGUAAUACUGUACAGUACUUCAAAAUGUGUUUGAGGUUGUACACAAUAAGUUGUAUAAAUAUAAACUGAAAGAGAAAUCCCAGUAGUAAUUCUACAAGUUAAGUAUAUACUCCCCCCAGAUAUGCACAGAGUCCAUAUAUUUUAAAAAGGAAAAUAGUGAAAUGGUUUACUGUCUCCAAUACAUUAACUUCUUUAAAAAAUAUGUAGUAUAAACAGGAUACUACAUAGGAAAAUGUGAGCUGAUCUAGUUUCUUAAGAUGGUAAAGACAUAAAACAUUAGAUUGUUACUACUUGAAAUUUAUGCUAUUACAGCUGAGGUAUGAUGCUAAAAGUAUUGAGCCCAAUUCUUCACUGAAUUACAUUAUAAAAAGAAUAAUUAAAAAUAUAUUUUUUUAAACUGACUAUUAAAGGUUAAAUCUAUCCCAAGCUGGGGGGGAGAGAGAGAGAGCGAGCAGAGAUGCUAGCUGGUAUGUCCAAGAAUCCUGCUGUCAGGGCAAGAUUAUUCACAGCAAGUCAGAAUGUUCUCUGGUAUGCAACAAACUCUUGCGAAGUUUUGCGGAGUUGGUCUCCAAAAUGGCAGAACUUUCCAGAACAUUAACUUAACAUCCCAUACCUUAUACUUAUUCAAAUAGGAAAAGAUAGGUAUUCUUGAUCUGUUCUUCCUUGGUUUUGCUGAGGUCUGAGAUACAGAACUGUCUCAACUUCCAAGAAAAGCAGUUAGGUGCUGAAUGAGUUAUAGAUAUUAACAAGCAUUUAAAAAGUAUGAAUAUAAAUGACUUACCCUCUAAAUUAAUGAUGUUUCACAUCCAUGUGAUAUGAGCUCACCAGUUGCCCAGUCAUCCCUAUAGCCUUUCAGGAAAAACAGGGUAGAGUGUAACUGUUUUAAAAAAAAAAAAAAAAAAGAAAGCGGAGACUUUUUUGUUUUCCUUUUAACAUCAUAAAGGAUCAAGUCAAGAAAGCUGUUCUUUACCUUUGCUGGUCACCUUUAGAGUAAAAAUCCCCACCCCGCCCAAGCAGUCUAAAAGUUCAAGAUGUGAGCAGCACUGUUCUCCAUGGCUAAAAUGCUAAAUAUUUAAAAGUACUUUUUAAAUUACAGCUAGCAUAUCUAUACCUACCUACAAUCUUGCUGACACUACUACUAAAAAAAAUUCUCCUGUUUUGACAAUAGACAAGACACCUUUUUUAUUUAAUUUAUUUAAUAUUAAAUGCUAAAGUGCCUUUUUUUUUUUUUUUUAAAAGCACAAAUAGGAUGGGGACUCUCUCUUUACUGAGUCACACAUGCUCAAUUUUCAGCAAGACAGUAUGUUGCACUUCUUUCAGCUGUAGAUUUCAAAGCACUUUUCAAAGAUUCCAUCAGCAUGAUUCUCCGCAUUCUCACAGAUGAGGUAACUGAGGCCUACAGAGAUAUAGUGACUUGCCAAAGAUUUCCCAAGAAGUCAGUGUCAAAACCAGAGUUAGACUCCAUGUCUGAGUGCUAGAACCUAUGCGUAAUCCACUAGACGCUAGUGCUGCUGGUAUAUGUAAUAAGUUCAGACUGGAUAGAUAUGUUUAUUAAAAAUCAAGUAUUUCUAACACCAUAAACUGAUGGUGGGACUAAGCAAAAUGAUAACUGGGCUUAAACAUCAAUAUUGACACAUUGUAUCACCUUAAAAUAUCUGUUGCAGUAUGUGAAGAUUUUCUAAAAAACUAAUUGAAAACAUGAAAUCUUAAAGGUUGUAAGAAUGUUUGGAAAAACUCCAGUUCUGUGGCUCUUCAGUAUGUGCAGAUUUCUAUGGUCCCUGUGGAUUACACAAGGUUUUCUAGGAUUAAAGGAAGAAAUAUAACCAAAGGCUUUUAUAGACAUUUGUAAAACAACAAAUAGUGCAUCUGAAUUUUUUUUUUUUUUUAAAUUAAAGGGAUAGGUUAAAUUGCUUGGGCAUGAAGGAAACCAAACUAACACACGUUAAAUUUGGUUUAAGCAAUUUUUAUUUUUGCAGCAUAUAGGAAACAUUUAUUGUUCUUUCUUUGUAUAUUUAAACACACGCAAUAGGAAACUUCUCUCUAAUAGUUGUACAUGAUCAAGAUGGGUUGAUAGAAGAGUAGGAAUUUCAGAAAGAUAGUGUGAAGUUAAAUAUAGUUUAGUGCUGUCAAGGUCUACAAAGUUGCAUGUAAAUUACACUUGCUGCCUUUAAAGUAUCAAUUUUGAAAGGCCUGGGAUUUCAAUCUGAACUCUUAAGGCUGGAUUCUGCUCCUAUUUAUGUCAGUGGGACCUGGAACUGGACCAGUGUAUUGAAUGAAGGUAGUGGAGGUGAUCUGGACCAGAAUUCUUAGUUAAAAUUUGAUUACCUGUUUGGUCUAUUUGAAAAUUGCUCCCCAAUGCAGGUCUAUGGCAAUACAGAAUUGUCAUGAAAAUUCACCUGUCCAAGCACAAAAUGUAUUUGCUUGCCCUUCAGCAUGAUAAUGAAAGACCUUUAUACUUAAUACUUGUCUGUUUAAAAAAAAAAAAAAAAAAAAAACUUGUUCUCAGUGAGAAGAAUUUCCAAAGGCUGGUAUAAAUAUUUUAUGUACUUUUUUCAAAAGAAGUCUUGUAAAUUCCUCAGUGGUCUUCAUAGUUCUCUUAUUCUGGAUGUAGAACAGUAAUUGUUUGAAUCCAUGAUUUAGCACUGUGGUAUCUAAGCACUGUACAAUUUUGAGAGUUCCAAAUCUUUUCUUUAGAUUAGUGGAAUAUGUUCAUUUUAAGGAGGAAGUGGAUUUAUUUCUUCUUUUGCCCUCAGAUUGAGCAACUCUGGCCCAUAUUCUCUCCUCCUCUCUCCCCCCCCUUUUUUUUUUAAAUAUGUAGAGGGGGGAAAAAGCAACGUGUUCUAAUUGGGUGAAAGAAUUCUUUUCUUCCACUGGAAUGGCCAGUGGGGUUGCAGCCCUAAAUUAAUAGCUCUCCCAAGAUCUGUGGAGAUUCUGCUGCCCUGCUAGCUGUCUGCUCCAGGCAGCAUGGUUCUUCCCUCCCCUCUUCCUUCCCGGUGGCUGCACAGUAGCACCUCCUAGGUGGAGCUCACAAGUGCUAAUGCUGCUUCCAGUAGCAUUAACAUUCACCCUAAGAGUGAAAUCCUGCAUCAUUUCAGUCAAUGGGCAUUUUGCCACUGAUUUAAAUGAGGCCAGGAUUUCACCCUAGAUAUCUAUGGAGUGAGCAGGGGAACAUUCAGAGAUUAGCUGGCCACUCCCUCUCAGUUCUGUCCUACAUACCUGUGGAGAAAUGGAGAUCCUUGCCAGAAGUUUAGUGGAGGUGCUUCUGCGAAGUGUUAAGGAGGUAUGGGAGUGUGGCAGGAAGUGUGCUGUGGAACUGGUGCUUCUAGCCUUCCACAAAAACAUGCUCUCCUGUGUGUCUUACACGUUAGGAGGCACAAGUAAUGUUGUUAAUGACACGCACUAGGCUAGAAAUAGUUGGUACAGUUUUGCUAGAGCAGAGUCAGUUUAACAUCCCUAUGUUGAUGGCAUGUUUAAACAAGAACAGUAUAUGUGAUCAGCAGGUAAAAACGUUUGUAUGUAACCUCGGGUCUGCUUCACCUCACCAUGGCCAUACCGCUGGUAUUUCCAGGCCUUUUAAAAUAAUCCUCUAAAUGUAGUAGGACUAUCUAAUCAGAUGUCAACAGGGUUGUAGAACUGCCUGUCCUUUAGACAGUUAUUCAUGUUAGGGCAGUUCAGAGGUUGUCUUCUGCUCUCUUUCAGAAUACUGUUUGCAUUUUUCUAUUAAAAGCUCUUAUUUGACCUUUGAUAUAUGUAAACAGCCAAAUUUUGGAGCAUGAUAACUGAGCCAUAUCAUUUCCAAAUCACUAAAGUCAAAGGUUGCUGAGAUCAGGGACAGCUGAAGGUACAUGUGUGAAGCAAAUGAUCUUUCAGUGUCAUGCUACAAAAAUUAGUAUCUUACUAAGUAAUUUUAAGAAUUAUUAUUACAGAAUUAGUAAGAGUUCUUAACAUUUUCUUCUGCUGUAAAUCAAAAACAAAUAUCCCUUUUGGAAUAGGGGGACAUGAAAUUAAAUCACUGGGAACCCUUUUACCUACAAUGUUCACAUAUUUAUAUUGUUUCCAUUGCUCAGACAAAAAUCCAGUAAACAAUUUCAUUGAUAACCAGUGAAAAUAGAAUAUCAAAAAAGGGUAUUUUUAAAUGAGCAGUGGGAAGUACAGUAGUACAUUUUCAUUCCAUAGUUGAUAGGAUUACUUUCAUACAGUAUUUGACAAUAGUUUUCAUAUACAGGGGAUAUGUUAUCUCAACAAAUGCAAUACUAAUCAUUAUGCAUUUAACAGAGAAUAUUAAUGGGUCUCUUGUUCCGGUCACAUGUAAUAGAUUUGCACAUGCUACUAUCAUUAAUAUUAAUAGAAGAUACACAGACUGUGCAUCAGUGGGGGAAACAUUCUUGUUGUAUACACCUGCUCCAAGGAGCAUCCUUAAAUGCACUAAUUGUGUUGCAAUUUACAAGUAAUCAUUGUACUAGAUUAUUUCAUUUUCUAACUUUGCACCUUAUUAAAUAAAAUAAGUUUAUAUCUUUUGUAUAACUGAAGUUGGUUAGUGCUUAAGGACUGAACAGUCUCCUUAGGUAAGCUUAGAAACUAAGCAAUGUAGCCAUGCUGUAUAAGAAGCCCAUGGAUAACUUCUUGAAGUCUUAUGUAACUGAUUCCUCAAAUGAAAAAAUAAAAUGAGCCUUCUCAACCUA